UUCCAUUUACUGUCCAGCGAUUAAUCGGCGUCACUCGUCCACGGUCAGCACAAAAUGCCGAGUCGAUAAGUUCGCUUCAUUCAUUCGCCCGCAGUGCACGGUUUCGAAAACAGUGAUUGCGGAAGUCCGCUACACCCAAAUAGCAGCUUUUACCGUAUUCGCCUUCAGGCUUGGGCUGGGUCAUGGCGACCAAUUACAUCACGACCAUAUCAAAAAAGUACCCCUCCUUUCGAGAUGAACCCUUAAAAACGGUCUACCGAUGGUUGGACGGUAAGCGGCAGGACGAUGGUGCGGAGGGGCUCUGGCGCAUUCACGACACCCUGUACGACUUUACGGACUUUAUCGAGCGUCAUCCCGGUGGCCCUGAGUGGUUGCGCCUAACAAAGGGCACCGACAUUACGGAAGCAUUCGAAACGCACCACGUCACUGUGCGAGCGGAGGGCCUGCUGGGAAAGUACAAGGUGCGCGAGGCCACCACACCGCGAGCGGUUCAACUGACGUUCCGUGACGAUGGGUUUUACCGGACGCUGAAGCGCCGAGUGCGCGACAAGCUGAAGGAUAUCGACUAUGGUCCAGCGCAGCGAUCGAAGCUAAUCAUCGACUCGAUGCUGGUGGCUGCGUUCGGUCUUGCGUUUCUUGCCAUCCGGCUGCACAGCUAUGCACUCGCCACCGUUUCGGGACUGUUCGUUUGCUGGACAAUGAUAAGCGCUCACAACUUCUUCCACCAGCGGGACAAUUGGCGCAUGCUGGCGUUUAAUUUGGCCUUCUCAAGCUAUCGUGAGUGGCGUAUUUCUCAUGCGUUAUCGCAUCAUAAUUUCCCGAACUCCAUAUUGGAUUUGGAAAUUUCCUACUUUGAACCGUUUCUGUGCUGGUUGCCGAAUCCGUCCAUUAAGAGCUCGGUGAAACGAAUCGCAUCAUGGCUGUAUGGCCCGCUGGUUUAUUCGUUCCUGUUUUACGGCGAAUUUGUUAAGCGUGUGAUAGAAACGUACGAAACGGGAAAGAACACCUUCUUCCUGGACGAUCUUGUGACACUCAUACUGCCGACGUUCAUGUACGUGGUGGGUGCUACCAGCCUGUGGGAAGUGAUCAAGAUGUGGCUGUUCAUCGUGCUUGUCGCUAGCUUCCUGUUUGGUUUGAUCGGACUGAAUGCGGCCCAUCAUCAUCCGAAGGCCGUGCACGAUGGAGAUCAAAUACCCGCCGACAUUGAUUUUGCCGUCUAUCAGAUGGCCGCCGUGAUCGAUCGGUCGGAUACGAAAGGAUCACAGUUCAUGGUGCUGACCAGCUUUGGCGAUCACUGUUUGCACCAUCUCUUCCCAACGCUCGAUCACGGCAUAUUGCCCCAGCUGUAUCCGGUGUUUUUCGAAACGUGCCGUGAGUUUGAAACCGUCUACCGAGAACUACCUUGGCUGCAGCAGAUCAUAGGCCAGCAUAAACAGCUGGCACGCGUCGAAACGAUGACGUACAAACCGUCGGAAAAAUUCAUUUAAUUCUAGCGAAAGUAGCACCUAGUACCAAAGAUAGUAGAAACAAUUGCUAGCAGAAACGAUUUUUGCAGCAGUUAAUGACUAGCAAUACUGUGUACUUGAUUGUGAUUGUUUGUAGAACGUGUUAAUGAAGCUGGUUCGUAAAUCCUUUUUUUUGUAAAAGUAAAUAAAAAUAAAGAGCUGAUGGGGACUGAUUAAAUGGCCAAAAACUGAA